AUGGCUUCAAUCAUUCUGGUCCUGGCUCUCAUCGCAAGCGCCUAUGGCUGUGGCGUCCCUCCUAUUGAACCUGACGUGACCAGGGUAGUGAAUGGCGAGGAGGCUCGUCCUAACAGCUGGCCCUGGCAGAUUUCACUGCAGUACAAGAGGGAUGGUGCCUGGAGACACACCUGCGGUGGAUCUCUCAUCAGUACAAACUGGGUUAUGACUGCUGCUCACUGCAUAAACAUGAAGUUGGAUUAUCGUGUCGUUGUGGGCAAACACAACCUGGAGGUGGCUGAGUCCAGUGCCAAGGCCUUCCAGACAUUAAAGAUCAUCGUGCACAGACACUACAACCCCGUACUGCUGUCCAUCGGUAACGACAUUGCCAUGAUCAAGUUGGCGGGGCAUGUGACCUUGAGUGACCAGGUCCAACUGGCCUGUAUUCCAGGCCCUGACACCAUCCUGCCUCACAACUACCCCUGCUACAUCACUGGCUGGGGCAGACUCUCCACUGGGGGCCCCACCUCUGCCACUCUCCAGCAGGCUCUGUUGCCCGUUGUGGACCACAAAACAUGCACCCAGAGUGACUGGUGGGGUGUGUCUAUCCGUCGAUCAAUGAUGUGUGCUGGAGGAGACGGUGUGGUUGGAGGCUGCAAUGGGGAUUCUGGAGGCCCUUUGAAUUGUAAGAAUGCAGAGGGGGUCUGGGAGGUCCACGGCAUUGCCAGCUUCGUCUCUGGCUUGGGAUGCAACUAUGUCAAGAAGCCCACCGUCUUUACCCGUGUGUCCGACUAUAAUGAAUGGAUCGAUGAGGUAAUGGGUUCAGUUUUUCCCUCCCAAUGA